AUGGGGAUCCCGCCGCCCGACCGGGUUGCUCCCGCUUUCCCAAAGCCCCCUGAUCUCCCCUUGCUUCCCUCCUCCCGCAGCGGCACCACCACCCGUCGCUUCGUGGGCCACACCAAGGACGUCCUGAGCGUGGCUUUUUCCUCCGACAACCGGCAAAUCGUUUCGGGAUCCAGGGAUAAAACCAUCAAGCUCUGGAACACCCUGGGCGUCUGCAAGUACACGGUGCAGGACGAGAGUCACUCGGAGUGGGUGUCCUGCGUGCGCUUCUCCCCCAACAGCAGCAACCCCAUCAUCGUCUCCUGCGGCUGGGACAAACUGGUCAAGGCUGUUUCUGAGCGAUCCUCCCGGCGUUCCGGAGCCGGCUUGGAUUUGGCCGCAGGCUUCUCCCUGCAAGGACCUUCCUUCCUUCCCUCACGGUCCUCCUUCCUCCCGCAGGACCUGGAAGGUAAAAUCAUCGUGGACGAGCUGAAGCAGGAGGUGAUCAGCACCAGCAGCAAAGCCGAACCGCCCCAGUGCACUUCCCUGGCCUGGUCCGCAGAUGGGCAGACGCUGUUCGCCGGUUACACAGACAACCUCGUCCGGGUGUGGCAGGUCACCAUCGGGACCAGAUGAGGACGGCGGGAGCGAGAAACCCCUCAAUUUUGUGUACAAAACAAAACCCACCCAAUAAAAGAGCGCUCUAUUGA